UCUAUUUUACACAUUUGCAGGACUUAGACUAGCGUUAAAAAACUAAUUUCUCGGGCAGACGCUUAUCGCGCUGUCCCCAAAUUUAUAUAAUUUUUAAAUACUUUUAUUUCAAAUAAACUACUUAUAACUAUCUACUGUAUCACUUGUCAUUCUGCAACCUCUCCUUUGAAAAACCUUUUUCAUCAUCAACGUCGUUGGAUUCAAAAUUGUAAGCGUUAGUGAAGGAUCACUGCAGUUGAUUGUUUUGGUUUAUGGCAGAAUACCUAUCCGACAUCCGUGUAUGGUGAACAUGGCACGAUGUAAGCAUCAGUUAUCAUUCUGUGCAUCAAAAUUGAAAUAGGUACUUAAACUUGAAUACAUUGUAUCCAGUGUGCUGUUAGACGACCGAUCGCGUACGCCACCAUACCGCGGAAACCGUUUUUAAACAUCAAAAUAAUGUUCGUGAUGGAAAAAACGAAAUCGUUAAACUUGCGGUACAACGAGAUGUGUAAUGACUGGGACGGCUUACAUGAGUGCAUAGAUCCCAAGAAGUACAAACACGGCCAGUUGGUGCUGUCUUGGAAAAGACUGAACGUGUCAGUAGAAAAAAUCACACAGAAGUUUUUUCAAAAAUCAAAAAUCACUCGCCAACAAAUACUGUACAACGUUAGUGGAAACGCACAAUGUGGAAAUCUUCUAGGAAUAAUGGGCCCAAGUGGUUCGGGAAAAACUACUUUGAUGGCCACCAUAAGUCAUCGAACUAAAGGAAAUUUUGAAGGAGAACUGUUACUGAACGGUCGUCCGGUGUCCGAAGAAGUGAUGAUUAAAAUAUCCGGUUUCGUUCCGCAACACGACAUCACCUUUGAGCAGCUGACGACUUUGGAACACUUGUAUUUAAUGGCGAAUUUAAAAAUGGAUCGCCGCACGACCAAAACCGCACUAAAAGCACGCGUCGACUAUACGGUCAUUACAUUGGGCAUGCGCGAAUUUCUGGACACCGCUCUGUCGAUGUUAUCCGGCGGUGAACGCAAGAAAGUCGCACUCGCUGUCCAGCUGCUGAACGACCCGCCGAUACUGUUUUGCGACGAGGUCACUACGGGCCUGGACAGUUAUUCGGCCACGCACAUAGUCAACACGCUAAAGCGGAUCGCGCGAACCGGUAAAAUCGUGAUCUGCACAAUCCAUCAGCCCGCGUCCGGCGUGUUCGACAAGUUCGACGAAAUCGUUUUGCUGUCCAACGGACGACUUGCGUACCAGGGACCCGUUCCAAUGAUUAAUCAACUGUUUCAAAAAUUUAGUUACAAAUGCCCGGAUUUGUACAACAAGGCAGAUUUUUUAAUUUCUAUUAUGAAUUCCGAUAAUGAACAAACAAAAAGAAAUGUUGAUGAAAUGUGCAAGUUAUCUUCAACGGACAAACAAACGGAUCUAAAUUAUGAUUUAUUUAAUGACCAAAUACUAUUGGAUUAUACUCAACAUUUACAAAUACAAAAAUCAUUAUGGAUUACACAGCUAAUAUUGAUUUUAAACAGAUCUAUCAUAUGUCUUCUAAGAAAUUACAAAGUAAAGCUACUGGAAUUGGGAACUAUAAUGUUUCUUGGUGUCAUAUUAUCAACGCCAUAUCUAGACCUGAAGUUUGAUACCAAAGCCGUACAAAAUUGGCAAGGGUUUUGGUUCAGUCUAAUUACGAAUUCUAUUUUCCAAUAUUGUUAUACGUCUAUUAUAACCUACCAAGCCGAAUUUCCAGUUGUCCAUCGAGAAGUCAGUAACAAUAUUUAUGCAUUGAGUGUAUAUUAUAUUUCUCAAAUUGUCAUUACGUUCAUUUGGACAGUUCUUGAAACAAUGGUGUACACAUAUUUGGUAUUUUGGGUAGUAGGCGUUAACUGGGAGCUAUUAAUUGUGACAACAUUCGUGAUAAAUAUGUUGAUAUGUAGAUCAUAUGGUAGUGUUCUAUCAGCUUUUUUUGAUAAAUUCGAAAAUAUUGUUAUAUUUUCAUUGGUGUACGAUUAUCUUGCAAUAUCACUUUGUGGCGCAUACAUUUCACUUGGAACAUUACCAUUCAUAUUGUAUUAUUUGAAAUAUUUUUCAAUAUUUUUUCUUGGCUGUGAAACAUUAUCUAUAUUACAAUGGCGAGACAUCACAUUCAUACCAUGCCUAGAUGUUGAAAACUGCUUGCGCAACGGCAAGGAAGUCUUGUUGAGUUAUGGCUACGACAUUGAUCGAUUCAACACAGAUAUCGUAAUUUUAGGAUCCUUUUACGUUGUUUUGUAUAUGAUUGGAUAUUAUGGAUUACUUAGGAGAACAAAAAAACAACCAGCUUAUUGAAAGAAGACUAAUAUAGAUAAUUUUGUUUUUACUGUUGUGUAUAGGUGUUUAGGUUUACUCGAUAGAUGCAUUAAUUCCUAACCCAUGAUUUAAUGUAUCGAGUUAUACCAUUAGCCCUAAGGAUAUAUCAACAUCAUUAUAAA